AUGGGGAGAGGUGACCGGAAGAUUGCGUCGGUGAUGGAGGCGGCGCCGCGGCAUAGGGCUUCGUCCUCUCGCUCUCCCGUCCUCUUGGACGCUGAUGAGGACUCCCAUGGCCGCGAGAGGGUGAGGAUCCGCUCCGCCGCCGCCGCCGGCGGCUACAACCGGAACCCUAGGCGCACAGGGAGCCCCGCCGAUGAGAAGCCCUCCUCAAGGUAUCACGCCGAUGGCCGCCGGGAUUUCAACCGGCGCCGAUCCAGGAGCCCCGCUGAGGGGCCACCUUCUUCGAGGUACGACUCCAAUCGCCGCCACGAUGUUGAGCGGCGCCGAUCCAGGAGCCCCGCGGAGGAGCGCCAUUCUUCGAGGUAUAACUACAAUAGCCGCUACGAUGUUGAGCGGCACCGAUCCAGGAGCCCCACGGAGGAGCACCCUUCUUCGAGGUAUAACUCCAAUGGCCGUCAGGCUGAGGAGCCCCCUUCUUCAAGGUAUAGGUCCAAUGGUCUCCACGAUUUCGAGCGGGGCCGCUCCCGGAGCCCCGCCUGGGAGUCCUCAAUCCCCACCUCCUUCCGCGGGCGUGGUGGUGGCGAGCGCGGUGGGCGAAAAGGUGGUCGCCGCUCUGGUUCUGAUGACUCUGAUGACGAGGAGCUGAAGGGGUUGAACUACCAGGAUUAUCGGCGGAUGAAACGCCAGAAGCUGCGGAGGAAGUUGAAGAGCUGCAUCUGGCGCAUCACCCCGAGUCCUCCACCAGGUGAGUGGGAGCCUUCGAAGUCGCCGUCCGAUGCGGAGGGACAGCCAGAGGGGAAGGAGGAGGAGAAGAAGAAAGACAGCGGCGGUAGACGCAGAAUGGAAGAUUCAGAGGGGAGUGCCUCUGAGGAAUCGAGUUCUUCUGGGUCGUACUCUGAUUCUGAAUCUGACGGGGCUAGCUCUCCAAGGAGAAGCAAAAACCGGAGGAAAAGGGGGAAAAGGGUGAGCAGUAGAGGGAGCAAGUCUUCGCGCCGUAACCAGCGCGAGAGUGCUAGCGAGAGAUCGAAUGAGGACUCCAGCGAAGCAUCUGAGACCGAUGAGGAAGACAGGAAAAAGCGGAAGAGGAGGUCAGUUAAACGACGAGACAGAAAGUCGAAGAAGAGCUCUAGAAAGCCUGGGAACCACAGCGCGAGAAGCAGGAGGAGAAGCAGCAGCUCUAGUACCAACGAGAGCCAAGAGUCUGAUUUUGCCUAUUCUUCAGAUGACUCUGCUGAGCCAAUGGCCCGGAAACAUUCGAAGCAGAUCAAGACGAAGAAGAAGCAAUCCGAGUCUGAAGCCUCUGACUCAGAGAAAAACGUGCGACAGGAAGAUCUGAAGAACAUAGAGAUCGACCCUGAAGCGCUCAUGUUCAAGGAAAUGCUCGAGUCUCAGAAGAAGCUCUCCGCGCUGGACAGUGAGCCCGUCGUCGGGCCCAUGCCCCUCCCCAGGGCAGAAGGCCACAUUCGCUACGGUGGGGCUCUCAGGCCUGGUGAGGGAGACGCCAUUGCCCAGUAUGUGCAGCAGGGGAAGCGUAUCCCUCGCAGAGGAGAGGUCGGCUUGUCCGCAGAAGAGAUUUCAAAGUUUGAAGACCUGGGUUACGUGAUGAGUGGCAGCAGGCACCAGAGGAUGAACGCCAUCCGUAUCAGGAAAGAAAACCAGGUUUACAGCGCCGAGGACAAGCGGGCUCUGGCCAUGUUUAACUACGAGGAGAAGGCAAAGCGCGAGCAGAAGGUCAUGUCGGACCUUCAACGCCUGGUCCAGCGACAUAUUGGGCAGGAUGUUAGCCCAACCCAUGAUCCCUUCGCAUCGAAGCCAUCGGACCCCGGCGAUGGCUGA